UUCUCAACUCCUGUCUUCUCUUUCCAGUCUUUGCCAAGACAUUUGUACAUGCAUAUUCCUCCUUUGAAACCAGCACUGUAAUUUUCAUCUUUGUUGUUAGCAACUUAGCAAUAGCAUCCAUCCAGUAGUUGUCUUAGUUUGUUAACAUGCAGAUGCAGGUAGCUUACGAUUACGAGUAUCAGCUGGCCGUGGCUGAUUACUGGGAGGGAAGGCCGACCAUGGAACCAAAUGUAUGGGUUCCUGCCCUCCCUUUGCAGAUGACAGUUGCUGCUCCUGCUAGCAACACUGAUCUGGUGGUCAGCUCCGGCGGACAGCAGCAGCUGGUUCAGAAGAGUGCUGAUCAUCAGCACGCGGUUGAACUAAUGUUCAAGGAAGCAACACAAUCACUCAAGCAUACAGUAGACAAGAUGGAAAUGAAGAUGCACCUGUUCCCCGCAAGCAUGGAAGUGCUGGCUGAGUCGUACGCGCGCCCCAAGAUGGUGUCCAUGGGCCCUUACCACCACGGCGAGACCCCAGCCCUCCAGCAGAUGGAGAGCAUCAAGCAUGCGGCCGCCGGCCACUUCAUCGACGACUCGGGCUGCUCCAUCCAGGAGGUGUAUGGGUCGGUCUGUGCGGUCGCAGGCGUGGCCCGCAGCCACUACGACGCGGACAAGCUGGGGGAUCUCAGCGACGACGAGUUUAAUCCUAUGAUGUUCUUUGAUGGCUGCUUCCUGCUGCAGUAUAUGCUGUUUUGGUGCAAAGACGACAGCGGCGAUGAUGACGGGACGGCGCCGGCUGUCCGUGUGCAUCCGUCGCUGUGUAGUGUUUUCAGCGCCAACGACAGCCGCAUCUUCUGUGACCUCAUGCUGCUCGAGAACCAGCUCCCUUGGGUGGUGGUGGACACGCUCAAGAACUUCAUGCCUGGCCUGGACAUGAAAACGUUUAUUGGACUCGUGAAAACAAACAGUCUGCACGCCCGCACAGCGCUCUUCUAUAAUCCUCCUGAGUUGGACGAUAGCUACAUACCGCCGCAUCUGCUUGGCCUCCUACGAUACUAUAUUGUAGGAACUACCGACAAUAGUACUAGUGCUAGUCAAGUCGAGAUCGACCUAACUGACAAGGCCGAAAAAGUAUCAAUUUCUGUCAGCGUCAUUGAGCUUGCUGAGAUGGGCAUUGAGGUCACAGCUAAUGAAAAUAAAGAAGAGCUAAGGAAGAUGUGCAUCGAGAAGUCGUGCUUCACCGGCGAGCUCAGGUUGGCGUCAGUGUCCCUUGACGAUGCAAACGCAAGCUUCCUCGUCAACAUGGCGGCUUUCGAGCUGUGCACGACCCCUGAUUUUGCUCAAGUUGAUGAUGAAAUGUCUACUGUGUGCUCCUACCUCUGCCUCCUGGGCAUGGUCACGGACAGUGUUGGUGAUGUGCAGGAGCUGCGAAACAAGCAUAUCCUGGAAGGAGGAGCAGGUCUCACUAACGAGGACGCGCUCAAGCUGUUCAACGAACUAGAGAAGCACCUGCGCCCAGGGAACAGCUACUACAGCAUCAUUAGAGCUAUCGAAAACUACAGGUCCAAUAGGCGGCCGUGGAUCAUGUUUUACAGGUUCUGUUACAGAAACCGAACAGCCAUCAUCGCGACGUUGUCUGCCGUUGCUGGACUUGCAGGUUUCCUCGGGACGCUCAAGUCUUUCAAGUAAGCUAGCUAGCUGCACCUCCUGUCCUGCCAUGGCGAGCACUGUGUUGUGUCUUUAUGCAUGUUUCCUUUGGAUGCUACAAUUAAGCAG